CCUCUCCGUAAACAACUAGAUCAUUUAAGACCGAUAUCUGAUCACUCAAGCUCCCUAGAACGCAAAUACGUCACUAUGUCGACGCCAUCGUCAUGUCCCUUUUGUAACAUCGCCAGCACAUACCCGCCUAUCCCUCCAACAGCCUUCACUCCAGAUAAUGCUCCUCCCAAUUCCCAAAAUACAACCAAGCCCUAUACUUCCCUAAUUCCCCUACCAGACGCAUCCGACCCAACCCAGCCAACCGCGCAUCUGAUUCUCUCCACCAAACAUGUCCUAGCGUUCUUGGACAUCAUGCCCCUGACCCGGGGCCAUGUCCUGGUGAUUCCCAGGACGCAUUAUGAGAAACUCGGCGACGUAGACGUGAAGGUCAGCCGCGAGCUCGGCCAAUGGCUCCCCAUCCUCUCGCGCGUCGUCAUGCGGACCAUCUCCGGUGACCAGGACAGCAGCUCAGACUGGAAUUGGAACGUGGUACAGAAUAAUGGAGUCAGGGCCGCGCAGCAGGUUCCUCAUGCCCAUUUUCAUAUCAUUCCCCGGCCGUCGUCUAACCCAGCACCUAAUGCUGCCCGGGCGAGCUUUGUGAUGUUUGGGCGUGGGCAACGAGAUGAGUUGGAUGAUGAUGAGGGAGAGGCCUUGGCGCGUUUGUUACGGGGUGAGUUGGCGAAGGAGGUUCUGAGGAUGGGCGUGGACUUGGAAUGUGAGGUAUCUGGUGAUGGGAGGGGGGUGAAGGGGAGGCUUUAGUGGGAUGUUUUAUUCUUCUAUGUACAUGCUUCGUGUUCUUUUUUGUUUAUAUUUCAUUCAUCUCAGCUUUGUUGCGGAGCUGGGCUUCCUUUCUCGGAUCUUUUGUUGGGGUUUUUCGUGAAGUACUGAACGGGUUCAAACUUGUUAGUUACGAUCUUCGAUGGUGUAUGAUAGACGAUCUGCAUGGCAUACCUUUCUCCGGAACGCAUUCAGAUCAUCGGCGCUGAUUCCUUCCGAGUCACCCUUCUGUCGUGCCUUUGAGAUGUCGGAGACCU